AUGAGUGAUACCGACGAUACCCAAUCUGAAAGAUCAGUGGAAGAAACGAAGAAAAGGAAACGAGGGGUUAUAAAUGACGAAAAUUAUAAAAGGAAUGUUAUCAAAAAGGUGCAGAGUUCAGGGGAAGGCUUACGAAAAUUACAAGAAAAAUGCUGUAGCUAUAGCAAAUUCUUUCGGGAAACUCAUUACAGCAAUAAAACCUAUUUAUAUCUUGAUGCUAAACUCAAUAUGAAAAUUAUGUUUGAUAUGUUCAAAGUAAAAUAUCCAACAACCAAAAUUCGAUAUUCUUACUUUGUGAAACAUUUUCAUGAGCAUUUCGACAUUCACUUUGGCCGUCCACAAGUAGACACUUGUUGCAAGUGUGAAGAACUGGACCUCAAAAUAAAAAUUCCUUCGCUAGGAGAUGCAGCUAAAAAAGCAGCAGCUGCCGAACUUGCAGUACAUAAAAGAAGAGCAAAAAAGUUUUAUUAUUCGUUGAAGGAAUCUACUGAUAAGUGCAAGAUUCGUGAUGACCUGUUCGUCAUAACAUUUGAGUACAUGCAGAACGUUCACUUAGCUGAAGUUCCAGUCAAAGAUUUAUUUUAUCUAACACAACUAACAGUCAGUAUUUUUGGUAUACACAACUAUAAGACUGGAAAGUACAUGAAGGUGUUGCCAAUAAGGGACCAAACGUGA